AUGGAGCGUGUCGUCGAGCAGAAGCAGAUGAAGGAUUUUAUGAACUUGUACACAGGGCUUGUCGAGCGCUGCUUUGAAAGCUGUGUGAACGACUUUACGAGCAAGUCGCUCACGGCCAAAGAGACGACGUGCAUCAGCAACUGCACGCAAAAGUUCCUAAAACACUCGGAACGUAUCGGCGCACGUUUCAGCGAGGAAAACGCCCAGCUCAUGCAGCAGCAGCAGCAGCAGUAG